CUUUCCAACCCACUUUCCCCUCGCCCCAGUUCCCCCCACUUCACAGCACAGCCGCUCCCUGCCUCCACUGCGAGCCUCGAGAGCCUAGGGUUCCCUCCCCUCCUCGGCUCCUCCCCGCGCGCUCCCAUGGCUGCCUCUGAGGUGGUGCUCGAGGUUCUCCCCCAGGCGCCGCCGCGGGAGCCGGCGGCCGCGCUGCUCCCGCGCCUCGCCGUGCCCAAGGUUCUGCAGUACCUGUACCUCGCGAGCGUGUGGGUCGCCUCCGCGGGCGUGGCCGCCGGGACCGUCGCGCGCCGGGCCCUGGGCGACGAGUCCCCGGUGACCUACGCGUUCCUCAAGGUCUCGAUCGGAGCCCUCGUCUUCCUCGUGCUGCUCGUCCUCGUCGUCACCCUGCGGCUCCUGCGCGCCAUGUGCGCGGCGGGGUUUGGGCUGUCGCUCCGCACCGUCGCCAGGGAGGUUCAGAUCCAUUCCCGGAAGAUGUUUGGAGCAUUAACUUGGAAGGUGCUGCUGGACCCUGCUGCAGUUGUGUUGCUCGUGUCUUUCCUUUUCUUCCUGCUGCUUGGAGUAGGCGUUCUGGUGCUUGGGGGGCUGUUACCUGUGCAGGAAUCUCAAAGGGAAAGGAUUGGUUUUGCACUCUUUGAUACAUGGGUAUUGGGUGCCAUGGGAAUGUCUUGCUUUGUCAUCAUACCCAGUUUUGCACUAAAGAUCUGGAGGAGCAAAUAGGUGGCGAUGCGGAAGCAUUUCAAUAUCUGAGGCAAGGACAAUUAAAGAAGGCACUGAAGCUCGACAAGCAAUUACAGCACAGACCCUGAUGUAUGCUGGCGUCUGCCGUCGAAGCUAGCUGACUUCUCUGCUUAGGUUCUAAUUAUCACCAGUAAUAUCUUUAUUAAGU